AUGGAGGAGCGGGGCGCCGGGAGCCGAGCGCGGGGAGCGGCCCGGAGCUCCUCCCGCCGCCGCCGCCUCCCCGCUCGCGCGCUCACUGGCCGCGCGCCCGCCGCCGCCGCGCCCCGCACCGCGCAGGGCCGCCCGCCAGGCCCCCAGUCCUCGGCCGCCCGGCGCUCGCGCCGCGCCGCGCGCCCCCGCGCUCCGGCCCCGCCCGCCGCGCCGACAGCGCCCCCUCCGCGGGGCCCGCGAGCCAGACGCCCCGCCGUGCGGACCCGAGGAGGAGGGGCGCGGGGAACCGAAGGCCCGCUUGCCGUGGGGCGGAGGGGCGACUGCUUGGAAGCCCCCAUCUCACGCCCCAGCCUCAGCCUAAGCACCUCCAAGGCCAGCCCCCAGGACCCCGGUUCCACCGCCCUGACCCCCUCCAGUAACCCCUCGCAGACUGGAAGAUUCCUGCUGGUCGCUUGGCUAGGCCGCGUUGUGGUCGGAGUUCCUCCCGGACUCCCACUGAUGGCCGCUGAAGGACGCCGUUUCCACCUGACUGCACCCAACAGGCACAUCAUAAACACCUUAUCUGUGGGCCACAGGGCCAGCACCCCGCCCCCACCCUGGGUGCAGCCUCGUCUCCCCUCCUUGCCCCCGGGGCCUGGCCUCAGUGGCUGCAGGAGUGCGGUUGUGGAGCACCGUAGGUACUGCGGCAGCCCCCGACCCCAGUUUCCACGGCCGCCGCCUCCCCCUUCAGUGGCUCUGGGCGCAGGGGAGAGGCGGUCAGAGAAGAGGCAGGACUCGGACACCAGUCUCCAGUGUUUUCCCAGCCACAUCCGGAACGGGGGCACUGCCACGUACAGCCAGCAGAUGGCGCGCCCUGGCCACAGUCUCUGGUCGAAGGAAAAGGGAGAGUGUCUGAGCGAAGAGAACACGGCUCCGGGGGCCUGCGAGGGCUCCCCUCGCACGUUCGGCGGCGAGCAGACCAAGGCGCAGGAAAGGAAACUAGCCAAGGCGGGGAAGGCGCCCGUGUCUCCAGCCACGCGGGGACUGAACACGCGCGUGCGCACACGCCCUUGGCAGCGCUGCUGCCAGCAGCCGAAAGGCGGGCGCAGCCCCCGCGUCCGGGGCUGGAGGGAGGGAGGAAGUCACCGGCCCACCCCUACAGCGCGGUACUUGCUGCUCAGCCCGGAGCAGGCAGGAAGCUCCGACACAGGCUCCCGCAGGCAACCACGGUGGAAGCUCAGAGAGCCGGUGGCAGCUGGCCCCAGGGCCCUUGCACAGCCAACAGAUCUGUUUCCCACGGGGCUCGCCAAGUCGCCCAGGGUGUGGAGGAGGGCUAAAACCAGCAAGUCCCGGGCAAACCGGGGUGAUCGUGUGGCCACCGUCCAGGGAGGCUCUGCGGCCCCCACGGCGCCACUCGGCCUGCACGGCGAGAGCGGGCUCAGCACCACAGGGGCCCGGUUCUGCCCGGAAAGGGGAAAGAGGAAGAGGGGACAGUGUCCUCCUGGCGCAGGCCCCGGCUCGGUCCACACGCGCCCCCGACACGCGCCCCCGCCGGCCAGCGCCGCCCUGGGGAAGCCGGGGCGGGGGUCCGGCCGUCGGGUCCCGGUGGGCAGCCGGCGGACUCUCCAGAAGGGUGCGGCGCGGGCGCGGGUCCGGGCGCGGGUCCGGGCCGCCUGGGUCGCCGUCGCCGCAGGCCCGCCGGCUCUAGUGGUCCUAAACAUUUCACAAUUGCGCUACAGAACUGUUGAACUGUUGAGAACCACUGGACCCAGCGCGCCGGGUGAAGUCCGCGGUCCGCCGCGCUGCGGGGAGAGAGCCGGCCGCCCGCGCCCCGCCGCCCCCGCCGCGCCCCGGCGGCGCGUCCCCUCGGCCCGCGCCUCGCGUGGCCCGCCGGCUGCGUCCGUGCGGCCGCGGCGCCUUUUAAGCCACGCGGCCGCCCGCCCCCGCCUCCGGAAUGCGGCCGCGCCGCGCCGGCCCGACCGGUUUUUCCGGGCCAGGCGGCUCCCGGGCCGACGGGUCGCGCGGCGGGUCGUCCGCGGCCCGGGUGCCUGCUCGGCGCGCCCGCGCGGGGGUGGCCCUGACUCACCGGCCCCCCGGCCCCGCCCGGCGUCCCCGCCUCCAGCGCCCGGCCGGGUGGCACCUGGCGUGGCCUGCCCCGCGCUGCGGGCCCCGGGGCCACACCCGCUCCCUCGGGCCCGGACCCCCCCCCACCCCACCGCCAGGACCCCGGUCUCGCUGCGGCAGGGACCCCGCUGUCGCUGCGGGAGGCGGCGACCAACACCGGCCCAGCCGGUGCGCGGGGCGGCGGGGCCAAGACGACAGCGGCCCGGGGACGCCUCCCGCGUCUCUCCCGCCCCCGUGCCGGGUCCCCCGCUGGCGCCUUCGGGAAGUGAGGAGGCUGCCCGGGGCCAGGUGGGCCCAGAGCCCGGGUGUGCCAACAUGCAGCCCGAGCGCAGGACGCGGCCUCAGUGUCUUCAGCUUCACGGGGACUUCGUCAGGGUGUGGGGCAAAGGCUCCCCGGGACCAGUGUGCUCAUGUGGUGUUACCCGGUUGUGCAAGGCCCAGGCACACCCGUGUCUGGGCGAGAAUCUGGAAGGCUGCCAGCUGAGGUGCCAGCCCGGGCCUGGGAACCAGGCUGAGAAGCCUGGGGGGCACAUGCCCGCAGGCUGGGCCCAGCUCUCCCAAGCCCCCACCCCAGGGGCCAGACGGAUGGACAGACAGACGGGAAUCCUCAAGUGGGCAGUUAAAGAGCUGCCAAGGUGGUGGAGAACCCGGAUGGAGGCAGGGGCCACGGGCACCUCGGGCUGGGCUGAACCCUGA